AGAGUGUUCCACGUUCAGGGCCAUCUUUGGUCGUCCUCGCCGGUGACAGUGUGGACAGUUUAUUCCAUGGUCAUCAAUGCCUGAUGAUUAAUAAAUAAUAUUCAACUUUGAACGAGCCUUUUGAAGCACUCGGGCAGAGAAAAGGGAGCCAGACCCCCAGUUUUUGUGGACUCACUUGUUAUUCUUUCCUUCAAUACCCUUCAUUUCUCAAGGCAAAAAGAGGGCGAGACGGGAGAGGCGGUGAUACAACAUGGAUGAGGAAUAUGAUGUGAUCGUUUUGGGCACCGGACUCACAGAAUGCAUCCUGUCCGGGAUCAUGUCUGUGAACGGGAAAAAGGUUCUGCACAUGGACAGGAACCCCUACUAUGGUGGCGAGAGCUCCUCCAUCACCCCUCUGGAGGAGCUGUACAAGCGCUUCAGUCUUCCAGACAGCCCGGCUGAGUCAAUGGGCAGAGGAAGGGACUGGAACGUCGACCUCAUCCCCAAGUUUCUCAUGGCCAACGGUCAGCUUGUGAAGAUGCUGCUAUACACAGAAGUGACACGAUACCUGGACUUUAAAGUAGUGGAGGGAAGCUUUGUGUACAAAGGAGGAAAGAUCUACAAGGUGCCGUCAACCGAGACUGAGGCACUAGCUUCAAAUCUGAUGGGAAUGUUUGAGAAGCGAAGGUUUAGGAAGUUCUUAGUCUUUGUGGCCAACUUCGAUGAGAACGACCCAAAAACCUUUGAGGGCGUGGACCCCAAAACCACAACGAUGAGGGAUGUUUACAAGAAGUUUGACCUCGGCCAGGACGUCAUUGACUUCACCGGCCACGCCCUGGCCCUCUACAGGACAGAUGACUAUCUUGACGUUGCCUGUUUGGAGACUAUCAAUCGUAUCAAGCUGUACAGUGAAUCGCUGGCACGGUAUGGAAAGAGCCCCUACCUCUACCCCCUGUAUGGUCUGGGAGAGCUGCCACAGGGAUUUGCCAGAUUGAGUGCAAUCUACGGAGGGACCUACAUGCUGAACAAACCCGUGGAUGAGAUCGUGAUGGAAGACGGCCAUGUGGUUGGAGUGAAGUCUGAGGGCGAGGUGGCUCGUUGUAAGCAGCUCAUCUGCGACCCCAGCUACAUCCCGGACCGCGUCCGCAAGGCGGGUCAGGUGAUCCGUGUGAUCUGCGUCCUCAGCCACCCCAUCAAGAACACCAAUGACGCCAACUCCUGCCAGAUCAUCAUUCCUCAGAAUCAGGUUAACCGCAACUCAGACAUCUACGUGUGCAUGAUCUCCUAUGCUCACAAUGUGGCAGCCCAGGGGAAGUACAUUGCCAUCGUCAGCACCACAGUGGAGACCGGCGAGCCCGAAGCUGAGAUAGAGCCGGCCCUGGAGCUGCUGGAGCCCAUCGACCAAAAGUUUGUGGCUAUAAGCGAUCUUUAUGAGCCCACAGACGAUGGUACUGAAAGCCAGGUCUUCGCUUCAAGCUCCUACGAUGCCACCACUCACUUCGAGACCACUUGCAACGACAUCAAGGACAUCUACAAACGUAUGACCGGGAGCGACUUUGACUUUGAGAACAUGAAGCGCAAACAGAACGAUGUGUUUGGGGAGGAUGAGCAGUGAGGGGCUUCCGAGAGAGGGCGGGGCCGGGAGAGGAGGCGGGGCGAAAGAGGUGGCAGAGCCUGCGGUAGAGGGCCGGGGCUGCCUGAGCAGUCCUUUAAGAACAAAAGGGUGGGAGCGUGGUGGAGAGGGUGUGUGUGUUUCUGGGCUCUGCCUGGCCUCAGCCGUUUGCCUCCUUUUCCUUACGUCCCUCUCUCUCUUGACACGCGUUCAAACACAUAAAUGCUCACAAACACACACACACACACACACACACACACACACACACAUAAGCUGUUCAAAUACUCACACUCCUUAUCUCUGUCACCGAAAAGCAGGGUUGAUAUGGUCUUUCAUUCCAUUGUAGAAAUUACAGUAUAAUCAUGUCUUAACUAUUAUCAUUAGAGGUGAAUUUAUUACUUGUUGUUGCCGAUUUUCAAAGCAUUUCAUUCUUUCUGUAACGUCUUUCUCCUCAUAUCAGAGGUUGGGUGGAGAGAAGAUUGAUGGCACUGAGGGGUCUGUAAUGGCUUAGUGUAGAAUCCUCUGGACGGGUCACCUCCAGUAGACAUGCAUGCAUCUUUUACACACAGUAGUAUUGUACAUAGACUCUAAACGACACUGCGGUAUGAAGGCUGGACCAUUCCACGCAUCGCUCCUGUCAACCCUGCUUUCACUUUUCUCUUACUUGGUCUUUUACCUGUGUUUCGUCAAAAGACGUCGCUCCUUUUGGCAAAAUCUGUCGGUCAGACAAAAAAAUGUGACGAAAAAUGACAUAUAAAUGGGCUGUCAGCUGAUAGUGCUCACUUUGCAAUGCUGUUGUGUUCCCUGUGCUAGCAGGCAAGCUAACCAGUGGCUAUUAACUGUCACCCCACCCCCCCCCCCCCAAAAAAAAAACCGGUUCCUUUGUUUAUCUCUGUUGUGUCAAUUUUGAAUUUUAAUAGUUUACUUUCUAACAUUUUAAAUUAUUGAAGAGUUUUAUUUCUAUAUACUUGGUGCACAUUUCACUGGCUGAAGUUAUGAAGUUUACAGAUCUGAGGUUUGAAACUGUGGUCUUAAAAGUUGAACAUUAAAAUAAAAAAAGGGAACGUCAGGAGCAAAACGAGGCACGGAGAGGCUCUCCCUGAAGUAUUCUGGGAGAUUUGGAAUGAGUGAUGAAAAAUAAAUUACGGAAAAUUGUCACAUGAUGAGAUGCGAGGAAGUGUGGGACGGGGGGGGGGGGG